AUGGACCAGUUCGUUCUCAGUGAUCGCAAUAUUCUGAUCACUGGCGGAAACCAAGGCAUCGGACUCGGUCUUGCUGCUGGUCUAGCUCGACUCGGCGCCAAUCUGAUAAUAUUCGAUAUUUCACCGCCGUCAGCGGAAUUCGAACAGAUCUCAAAGUCCUACGGCGUGCGUACUGCAUAUCGCAAAGUGGAUGUCUCGUCUGUGUCUGCAUUGAGAAAAAGCUUUGAGGACACAGUCAAGCCAUUUUGCGGCGAUGGUGGUCUGGAUAUAUGCAUCGCAGCUGCAGGGAUCAACCAGCUCAAAGAUUUUCGGAAAAUAGAGGAGGGGGACUUCGACCAGGUGGUAAACGUGAACGUCAAAGGGGUUUAUUUCACCUGCCAGCAAGCUGCAGAAGCGAUGAUCGGCCCCGAAUCCGAUUGCAAGGCAAGAACAGGCGGGAAGGCAAGCAAAAGUAUCAUCCUGAUCGCCAGUACUGCGGCGCAAGUUGCAACAAGAACCCACAAUUCAAGUGUGUACGCUCUAAGCAAGUCCGCGGUGAGGGGAAUGGUGCCUGAGCUGGCGAAAGAACUGGGACCUCACGGAAUCAGGGUCAACUCUAUCAGUCCAGGGUACACGUUGACGAAUAUGACAGCGGGAUACCCUGAUCUUGUUAAGCAGUGGCAGAACGACACCAUGCUAGGGACAAUCGGCACGCCUGAAGAUUAUGUAGGCGCCGCGGUUUACCUAGCAAGCAGCGCAAGCAGAUAUGUAACUGGCCAGGACUUCUUAAUUGAUGGUGGAUCGACAAAAUGGUGA